AGAAAACAUUGGGUCCGGCCCAGAAAAAAAACGGAUCCACCAAAACACCAAAAUAAAUACCCAUGAACCAAUGCACCAAAAUUAGGGUUUAUCACAUUCCAUACUCUCUCCAUUCUCAGCAGCUUCAGUUUGGUUGCCGCAUCCACCACAUUCACGCCAUGGCUGAUGUCAUUGAAGAACCUGUUGCAGUCGUGUCAGAUCCAAACCUCAUUGAAGUCAAGCUCUUCAACCGCUGGAGCUUCGAUGACGUUCAGAUUACUGAUUUGUCUCUUGGGGAUUACAUUGGAGCAAGAUCCAAACAUGCAACAUAUGUUCCACACACUGCUGGUAGAUACUCAAAGAAGAGAUUCAGGAAAGCUCAGUGUCCCAUUGUCGAGAGGCUCACUAACUCUCUCAUGAUGCAUGGGAGGAACAAUGGAAAGAAGCUUAUGGCAGUUAGGAUUAUCAAGCAUGCUAUGGAGAUUAUUCAUUUGCUAACUGACCAGAACCCAAUUCAGGUCAUCGUUGAUGCUGUCGUCAACAGUGGCCCUCGUGAAGAUGCAACUCGUAUUGGUUCUGCUGGAGUUGUAAGAAGACAGGCUGUGGAUAUCUCACCCCUUCGUCGUGUGAAUCAAGCCAUCUAUCUUCUAACUACUGGUGCACGUGAAGCGGCCUUUAGAAAUAUUAAGACAAUUGCUGAAUGUCUUGCUGAUGAACUUAUUAAUGCAGCAAAAGGAUCAUCCAACAGCUAUGCAAUCAAGAAAAAAGAUGAAAUUGAAAGAGUUGCCAAGGCAAAUCGUUAAGGAGCUUGUGGCAGCGUCAUUGGCACCUCAGAUUUUGUUUUGUCGUUGUACCUUAUUUAAUGAAGUUUUAUGGGCUUUAGUUUCCUAGAUUUUUGUUUGCGUACACAUUAUGAGUAAUUUUGUUUGUUAAAACGUGAAAUGUGUUGAGACCUGUGUUUGAUUAUCAACCUUCAAAAGUUAUAAUAUGAUAAUUUGAAUGAUUUA